UAAAGAGUAGUUAAUGUACAAGUUAAUCAAAGUUUUUCUUCUUGACGCGACUUAGACUAGACGCGACUUACUAAAAUUGGAUUACACCGGAAACGGAAUAAAGUUUAAGAUCAACAGCUAGCAGACGUCAUGACGGAUGGAGGUUCACCCUUGUCUGUUGCAGUCGUCUGCUCCAGUAAUCAAAACCGAAGUAUGGAGGCUCACAGCUUUUUGAGUAAGAGGGGAUACAAUGUUCGAUCAUUCGGAACUGGCAAUCAAGUCAAGUUACCAGGAGCCACGCUUGACAAACCAAAUAUUUAUGAUUUCAACACGACUUAUGAUGAAAUGUACAGAGACUUGAUGAGAAAGGACCCUGAACUCUACACACAGAAUGGGAUCCUGCACAUGCUGGACAGAAAUAGAAGAAUUAAGCCAAUGCCAGAGAGGUUCCAGGCAUGCAAGGAAAAGUUCAAUGUCAUCAUCACUUGUGAAGAAAGAGUAUAUGAUCAAGUUAUAGAGGAUUUUGAAACAAGAGAGAAGGAAGAUAUGCAGCCUGCUCACAUCAUUAACAUUGACAUUCAGGACAAUCAUGAGGAGGCCACCAUUGGAGCCUUUCUGAUUGGAGACUUAGUCACAAUGCUCUUUGAGUCUGAAGAUCUGGACAAUGACAUAGACGAGAUUUUACAAGAUUUUGAGCCACGAGCUGGGAGACCUAUUCUGCACACCGUCUGCUUCUACUGAAUUGUACAGGAGAGUACUACAGGAUAACAAUGGAGAUAUGAUGGGACAGUAAUCCAUGCUGCAUUUUCCCAUCAGAUGUUGAAUGAUCGCACAGAUUCACUGAAAUUUUAAGUAUAUGACUCAUGCACACAAAGUCCAUAAUGCAACUUUAUAUCUGUCUUUUUUGGGACUGAGGUCAAUGUGUCCAUGUGAUAAUGUGUUUGUAUUCUGAUUUUAUGUUGUUGCGGUAUUUUUUAAUGAUACAAAAUAAUGUACAUGUAUUUUUAUAGCAAUUUCACCAACAGAAGUUAUGGUAUAUGUAUAUUAAGAUAUUGUUUUAAUAUACAGGAUUAUUUUUUAAAUGUACUGAAUGAAUUUCAAAUGUACAUCAUAGUUGAAGUUUAGUACUCCUGGUUUAUAUAGUGAAGGAAAAUUUGUGGACGGAAUCCUCUUACAAAGGUUUUAAUUGAUAUCAAUUUUUGGGCCAAAAGCCAAGUGAACUGGACUCUAUUGUCUAGGGAUGAGGAAGACUUCUAUCGACUCUGGAGUUCAAAAGUCAAGUUACCUAGACUUUGACAGAGGAAAAUGGUCUCCAAGUCUCAUUUGAUUUCCUCUUUCAUCCGAGUUCGUAAUGCAUGACAGUCAAGAACCAUAUAAACUCAACUUCCAUCAUUUCGUCCCCAUUACAAUUGUGCACGGCAGUGGGUAUAUCAGUCCACUAGUGAUGUUCUACUUUCAGUAGGAAAUCACACGAGUAGGAAAUUACACAACUGUGAAAUUACACGUGUAGGAAAUUACACAUGUAGGAAAUCACAUGAGUAGGAAAUUACCCAACUGUGAAAUUACACAAGUAGGAAAUUACCCAACUGUGAAAUUACAUGACUGUGAAAUUACACGAGUAGGAAAUUACACGUGUAAGAAAUUACACGAGUAGGAAAUUACAUGAAGAAUUUGUCAACAUACACUGAUGUAUGUUAGAUGAUUGUUAUGUUUUCAUUGACGCAACUUGGCUGUAUCUUGCUUCACAUACAUUAAUGUAAUUGAGAAUAUCUAAAGUGACAGUUAACUUAAGGCAUCAUGUUGUGUGUUAUAUUGUACUGUGUAACAGAAAUAAAGCCUACUUUGUUUA